UCGCACUGCUGCGAAGGUUGUUGGGCAGCGCUACUCCGAAGCCACAGCUCAGAUCUCAGACUGUUUACAUGCUUGCGGGCCUGGAGAUAUGUGGUCUUGCAGCACAGGCACCGGUUCCGUAAGCCCACACCCCGGGAAUGGCAGCAGACGCGGUUCUUCGAGAUGGAGCUACCAUUGCAUGCUGCAGCCACUGCCUUAAACCACUGCGGAGUUGCGCUAGACGAAUCUUCCGAGCUGCUCAGGAGCUUCUACGCUUUGUUUCCAAACUCUACAGGAUUGUUGGAUCACUAGGUUAUUACAAAUCGCUACUAGCGAGACAACCUCUGCACGCCAAUUUGAGUAAACUAUCAUGUGGUGUGUCAUGCAGCGACGACCACCUCUUUACUACGCCUUAGAGCAGCGCUGGGGGCUGGAGAAGCUCUCAUGGCUGGUGGACAAGAGUGUGGGUACUGCUUACGAAAAAGACUUGGACGGGUUGUCCCUCGUUACGCACGCUCGCAAGAAUGCGUGUCCUGAAGAGUUGGUCAUUCGCCUGGCCGUCGCGGCUGCGUCUCAUUGUAUCCUUGCUCUCGACGAGCUUUUGCACGGUCAUCACUGUGAAAGCGCUCGUAGGAGCCAGCACGAAGAAAGGAAUGAUGACCGCGCCACUAGAUGCGAAGAUGAACGUGCCAGAAUAGCAGACGAGCAACGCACAUUUUCGCCGUACUUUUACGUCGUGGAGAUGGCAACGUUCUCGCCAACGUUUUGGCGUCGAUAUGAUCAAACAUGGUGGUUCGAUAAAACGAAGACUAAUGUCAUUGACGGGAUGUACAAGGUCGUGCAUCGCGGGUUCGAAAUGAAAGCGACAAUGAGCAGAUUACAGCAGCUACUCGACGAUCUUCAGCUUGACAACGGUACUCUAAGCAAGGUGUAUGGUCUACCACGAUAUGAAGUGCACGACGUGAUCGUCAGACUGUCGGCCCCAGGAUGGUUGCAGUAG